CAGCGUUGGGAGGUGCUGAUGAGCUCAGCUAUCUCAUAGCUAGUUAGUUAGUUACCAGACAGCGAGUGAGCAAACAACCAACUCCCAAACAGGACCCUCGCAGCAGGUCCUAGCAUUUCUCUACUGGGUGGCCACCUCGUGGUGGUACAUGUACUGGAUUCGAUUUAGAAAACAUACUGUCACUUCCAUCUAGUUUGCGCUCUCUUCGUUUGCCCUUACAUCGACCUCCUCUACUCUCCUUACCUUGUAUGGGAGCACAGUGGCGUCUCGACUAUCUUUGUCACUAGAUAUUGCCACAAAUUAUAUCGCAGCAAAGAGAAUAGAUCUAAGGAGACAGAUUAAAAGGAAAAGAGAAGGGAGGAGAAGCAAAAAACAAUGUCCGGCAACGAACCCGCAGACCCCAUACCCAAGGCCUUCAUCACCGCCGCCAAACAGGCUGUGGGUGACCUCUUCCGCUGGAAAGUUCGUGUCGAGGUGACAGCUCCUAACGGCGAAUCCUUCUGCGAAUGGCAAGAUCCGCCACGGAUCCGGAAUCCCCUCAGCCUCUGCGCCCAGCUCAAGGCACGAGACUGGCUGUACUUCGGCGUCGGCUUGUUCGCCUGGAUCGCCGACGCCUUCGAUUUCCACGCCCUAUCCAUCCAAACCGUGAAACUAUCCAGAUACUAUAACCAGACGAAGACUUCCAUCGCCACCGCUAUCACGCUCACGCUGCUGCUCCGGUCGGCUGGAGCCGCUGUUUUUGGCAUGGCAGGUGACAGGUGGGGGCGAAAAUGGCCCAUGGUCCUCAACAUGGUUGUCCUGGGCUUCUUGCAGAUCGCCACUAUCUACAGCGCGACCUUCCAGCAAUUCCUGGCCGUGCGCAGUCUGUUCGGCCUCUUCAUGGGCGGUGUGUAUGGCAAUGCCAUCGCCAUUGCGCUGGAAAAUUGCCCCGUGGAAGCGCGCGGGCUCAUGUCCGGCGUCCUCCAACAGGGGUAUUCGAUGGGUUACGUCUUCGCAGCAUGCGCCAAUCUGGGCGUGGGCGGCUCGACGGAAUCGUGGAAGAUCGUCUUCUGGAUCGCAGCUGGCCUGUCGUUCCUCGCUGGGGCUCUUCGCGUCGUCCUCCCGGAAUCCAAACAGUUCCGCGACGCGAAACGGGCCGGGACACACCGCAACACGUCUCCGGGCGCCUUCUGGCCGAUACAAAGUCAAUGCUAG